AUGCGUCCUGCCUUCAUCGCCAUCGCUCUCGCUGCUUUCGCACUCGCCCGUCCUUUCGAUGGGGAUUCAUCGAACGUAGUUGCCCGCGCUGAGGAUGACGGCAUUAAGGAGCAAUUUAAAGCUGCCGGCAAAGCUGUCGGCAAAGCUGCCGUCACCGCGGCUGCUCCUCAUGCCAAGGCCUUCGCCGGCGCAGUCGCUAGUCAUGUUUGCGACCACGUCAAGGCCAAGCUGGGCGCCAGAGGCGUUGAUGGCAUCGACGUUGACGCGGCCGUCGACGCUGUGGCUGAAGAGAUGUUCGCAGAAUAUGUGGCUGAGCACCAGAUUGAGGAUAGCUCCGACGGCCUGUGGGACGCUAUCAAGAAGGGAGCCAAAACACUCGCCACACAUGCGGUUAACAAAGGCUGUGCUGCUAUCGCCAACAGUACUGGCGAUGGGGCUGCUCCCGCUGAUGCUCCCGAGGAAGCCCCCGCCGCUCGUCGGCCAUAUCCUGGAAUCGAACGGCAUGAUAUGGGAUUCUUCUCGUCACGGAAGGACGACCUUACCACAUCUCCCGAAGACAAGUCAAAAGUCGUUCAGGUCAUCCGCUCACGUUUCUAUGGUAAAUCCAAAACAAAGGAACGCGAAGAACCCGAUGCGUCUUUCUCGACGGCACCGUCUCCAGCCCAGGCGUUGUCACCGCUCACUCGUCGGCCCACGACUGCCAAACAUGCAAACAGACCGGCCACGACAUACGAGAACACUGGUAGUACCAGUACCGCACGGCCAGCGACGGUGUACCAAAUUGAUAUCACUAGUCAGUCGCCACGCGCCCCCCUUCCCUCCACCACACUCCGGACACCGAAGAUCAUACCGACAGAAUCGCCCCAUAAGACGGAUGCUGUCACGGUGACAUUGGCGCAGCGGCUUGACGAGUUGGCGAAAGCCAACUCAGACGGUCUACUCAAUGACGAGGAGUACCGGCUGCUGCGUCAAGAUUUGUUCCAGCGAUUUGCAUCUGGUUCUACUGUCCCGACAGAGGCUGCCAUCGUUCCAACUUCACGACGAAGGGCUGGAACGGGGACGACCAGUAGAUCAUCUAUCACCACACCCUCUCGUCCCACCUCCCAAUUUCAUGUUGACACCACCCGAAGUCCGUCAAUACGGUCCAAAGGGUCUGUGUCCUCCGGCAUGGGUAGCUUCUUCAGCCGAAUCACCGACUCGCGACCUCGGUCCAACUCGAAAGACCACAGCGACGUUUCUAGUGUCUAUUCGGCACAGUCCAACAUAUCGAACACAUUCCACAGGCUCCUUACACGAAAGACAAGCCAGUCGUCGGUGGGCACCGACGCAGGCGACGCCGUAUCAAUCACCUCGCGACGCACAGACCGAAGCCAUAAUGAUAAGAUGGGCGUAUCACGCUCUACGACGAGUGUGAGACGCAUGGCUGCACCGCCAUCCGCCUUUUCUCUGCGCAUAGGGCAAACAGAAACCCCCCCUUCCCCAGUAGUGGGCGUUGGGGUAACGAACAUCUUUGAUGAAGCUAACUUAACGACUUCCCAGGAUAUCCGCAAGGAGAUUCUGGCCGUGGAGUCGGAGAAGAGGCGGCUGAUGGACUCGUUCAAUAGUCUCGAGCUGAGGGUGCUCACGCAGAAUCAAAGGCGGGGCACAUCGCGUGCUCUAGGCGCACCUACCAGAGAUAUUUUCGGCGAGACAGGCUCUUCGAGCGCUAGUCUUCGGACUGUCGAUCGUGGCGAGAGCUUGCGGAGGAGAGUGUUAGAUACUGACGCUGUAUCAAUACGCUCGGGUCUGUCUACCUCGCCGUCCCUUGCUCGUUCCGCUGCAAGUUGGAGAACUCGAUCGACAACACGAACGGGAACGGGUCCUUCCUCCAUUGCAGAAAGUUCUAUCCGUCACAAGAACUCGAGACGAGCCCUUGAAGAAAUCCCGCCUCUCCCUCCGCUCCCCGGAAAGCUCCCAGUGUCCGGGUACCUUGGAGUACCUAGUGGCGGUAGCAACUCGAGUCAUUCUCCUACCAGUCUCACUGCCGACAACUCCAGCUUCCUAACUCUGGAUACCCUCCCCGAAGACGAUGUUCCGUCGGUGACUGACGAAAUGGACGAGAUCAAGCGACGACGCGAAGAGGUUGCCGCCCGCUACGAGGCUCGACUUGAAUAUCUUCAAGCAAAACUCAAGGGUGCCCAGCUGCAUGAGAAGUUACUCAGAAAAUGA